AUAAAAGAAUCAGAAAUAACGUAAAACAUCACUAAUUAAGCUAUAUAUAAGUGUAAAACAUUUCAGCAGCUGAGAUUAUUCUCUAGCUUAACACAAUAAAAUAAUUUUGUACAUAAUAAAAUAUUUUGUUUUCUUUUUUUGUAAGCAAUGAUUUUUGUCUCCGUGAAGAGAAGUUGGGGUUUCGGCUACGGCUCCGAACUAUUGCUUCCUCUGUGAUUGGUGUUUCACUAAAAUAUUUAGUUUACUACAAUAGAUAUAUUAAAAUGCUGUUAAAGGGUGAAUUCCUUGGAUAGAUUUAAAGAUAUAUUCCAAAUCAAAGUUUUUUUUUGAAAAAUUAUUUGCAAGUUAAUGUAUUUUUAUUCGUUUAUUAAAUUGGUGAUUAAUAUUUUAUAUAUGAGGUGUGCGACAUUUAGGCAUUUAUUUUCAAGUAAGCCGAUAAAGAUGGUGAGAAGAGACUAAGCCCAGCCACCGUUAAGGAGAAAAUUUUCCAGUUUUUCUUGUGUGUAGUUUUAAUUCUCCAUAUGCCUUCAUCAACUCAACAACAAAGGUGGUGGUUUCCAUAAUGGAAAAUUUACACAGCCUAGAUCCCAGAAAACAGGAAUUAUUAGAAGCUAGAUUUCUUGGAAACAGAGGUUUUUCUAACAGUGUCCCAGAACAAUUAUUACAAGCUAGUCAAAAUGCUACUAUGAUGCAAAGUGGACUGAAUCUUGCAGUUGGUGCUAAUAGUAACAGCAAUAACAACCAAGACUCUAAUCUAAGUGCUGCCAGUGGCAGCUCUGUGAGUAGUGAUAAAGAAAUAGAGUCACCAGAUAAAUAUCCUCCUCCUCUAAGAGCGCAAUCCUCUGAAAGGAAGAGAAAAAGAAAAGAGGAGGCAGUUGCGUCUGACUUGGUAUAUACAGGAAAAACCCCAAGACCAGAAACAUCAAAGAAAAUAAACGAAUAUUUUAAAGUAAGUUACUGUAAUAUAAAAGAGUGUUCUAAUAUAGAAAUGACUAGUACAUUUUACAAUGGAAAUACGUAUCCUCCUUCUCCUCAAGCUAAUCCUCUGCAAUCUCCUCUUUCCACAAUGAGUGGAAAUUUGGACUAUUCUCAAUUAAUGGCUCCUAUGCAGCGAAGUUCACAGAUGUUUCACCGUGCAGUACAAACAGAUCUGACGAUAAAUAAAAUUAAAGAACUGGAAAGCAAAUCUGCAAUGGACCUAGAAAUAAGAGACAAUAGAAUAGAUGAAUUACAAAGGGCUGGAGAGGAAUAUAAAAGACAAGUCAGUACACAACAAAAGCUCUUAGACAAACAAAAAGAACAGCAAAGCAAGUGUCUAGCAGUAACAAAACAGUUAUUAAUUGAAAAGAGCACAAUGGAGAAAAAAGCUGCCAGACAAAAGUGUAUGCAGAAUAGGCUACGUUUAGGUCAGUUUAUUACACAAAGGCAAGGAGCGUCUUUUGUAGAAAACUGGGUAGAUGGCUAUGCCUUUACAGAACUUAUAAAGAAGCAAGAACAGAUUGCCACUGAACGGGAAGAAAUAGAAAGACAGAGAAAACUACUUGGUAAAAGAAAACCUAGUACAGCACAGCCUAAAGGAAGAGCUAAUAAUGGCCCUUCAUCUGUCGCAAUAGCAAAUGGUGAUUUUGCUAAACCAGAUCCUCCUAAAGAUUCUCUUCAAAAAUUGACAUGGUUAGAAUAUUAUGAACAUGAAGAAAUAUUAAAACUUCGACAAGCAUCAUUAAAAAAGGAAGACACUGAUCUACAAGUAGAGUUGGAAAAGCUAGAACGAGAAAGGAAUCUGCAUAUUAGGGAAUUAAAGCGUAUACACAACGAAGAUCAAUCUAGGUUUAAUAAUCAUGCUGUUUUGAAUGACCGCUACCUAUUAUUAAUUCUCCUUGGUAAAGGAGGUUUUAGUGAAGUACAUAAAGCUUUUGAUCUAAAAGAACAAAGGUAUGUUGCCUGCAAAAUACAUCAAUUAAACAAGGACUGGAAAGACGACAAGAAAGCAAAUUAUAUUAAGCAUGCUCUUAGGGAAUAUAACAUUCACAAGUCUCUAGAUCACCCUCGUGUUGUAAAAUUGUAUGAUGUAUUUGAAAUUGAUCCUAACUCAUUUUGUACAGUAUUAGAGUAUUGUGAUGGUCAUGAUUUAGAUUUUUACUUAAAGCAGCACAAGAGCAUUCCAGAAAGAGAAGCUCGUUGUAUUAUAAUGCAAGUUGUUCAUGCACUUAAAUAUUUAAAUGAAAUAAAGCCUCCUGUGAUUCAUUAUGAUUUAAAACCAGGCAAUAUCCUACUCGGAAGUGGUACUGUUAGUAAUGAAAUAAAAAUAACAGAUUUUGGUUUAAGUAAAAUAAUGGAUGAUGAAAGCUAUGUGCCAGAAAUUGGCAUGGAUCUUACAUCUCAAGGUGCUGGGACCUAUUGGUAUUUGCCACCUGAAUGUUUUGUUGUAGGAAAGAAUCCUCCGAAAAUUUCCUCAAAAGUUGAUGUUUGGAGUGUAGGUGUGAUAUUUUACCAAUGUUUAUAUGGAAAAAAGCCAUUUGGGCACAAUCAAUCCCAAGCAACUAUAUUAGAAGAAAAUACUAUUCUCAAAGCAAAAGAAGUUGAGUUUCCUCCCAAGCCAGUCGUUAGCAAUGAAGCUAAGCAAUUCAUCAGAAAAUGCCUGCAAUACCGUAAAGAGGAUCGCAUUGAUGUUUUUAGUCUUUCCAAUGAAGAUUAUUUGAAACCAAAUUAUCCAAAACACAGUCGUCAAGCAAAUGCAGACAAAUCGUAGCACCACCUUCUGACAGACUCAGUGUGUUGAACAUUUAAGUGUUACACCCAGCAACACCUUCCUGUGUGAAUUUGCCAAGUGUGUAUAUUAUCAAAAAAGAGAAAGAAAAAAAAACUUUUUAGAAUUGCCUUGGCUUCUCUGGAUCGAACUGAAUUUAAUCUGCCUUGUGCAAGAAGUUGUGUACAGUAAAGGAAAAUAUAUGAAAUGAUCCAGUGUUCCUAGCUCUAUUUUCACUGUUGGACUGCACAGACCUCAACACUGCUGCUCCUGUUAAAAUGAACUGCAUGGUUGCAUCGCUCGAGGCAUGUGCUUCAUUGUACAUUUCUUAGGUUGGUCCACUAAGAACAGUUCAUUAACAUUCAAAUGCGAUAAUAUAUGUAGAUGAAUUGUGAAUACAAAAAUGUAAAUGACAAAACUAGGACAUCAGUCUUUUUACCGGAAAAUUUAGCAUUCAAAUAGAAGCAUUUGUUUUCCUGUGUUUGCCAAAUAAAUUUUUAAAGAUCACUAUUAUUUUGUGAAUAUGUUUUAUCUUUUAUUUCUCUUUUUAUAUAUACAUAUAUAUAUAUAUAUAUAAAAACCUAAAUUUGACUCUUCAAAAAGCAUGUUAAUGAAAUGAAGCCUUUUUGUACAUAAACCCUUACAUAUCUACUCAAUGUAAAAAAUGAAAAAAAAAUUAUUUAAAAUUAUGCAGAUUUGACAACGUAAAAUCAAUUAUGUUUUAAUAAUUGUAUCUUUGGUGUUUUCAUUAAGUUUGUCUUUACUUUGUAAAAUGUAGUUUUGCACUGGAUUUGAGUCAUGUUUUUCACUCCACAUCUGUUAAGUUGUUUUGUGGUAUAAUUUGUUACUGUAAUAGCUUGCAAAAGUAAACUUCCAAACAACAGAAUAGUGAAAUUUUAUUUUGUCCAGCAAUAAAAUGUUUGUCAUCUUA